UCUCCAGUCACGGUCAAAGGUCAUGUUUACAAAGUUAUAACGAUAAAAAAGAUGUUUUUGUCUAAACAUGGCUUUGUCAUUCAGAACAAAAGAUAGACACGGAUAUUCAGUCAAAUUUUCUCCAUACAUACCCACAAGAUUCGCUUGUAGCACAUCGCAAUACUACGGAAUAGCCGGUCGAGGAACAUUGUUCAUAUUAGAUAUAACACCAGACGGAAUCGAGCCUGUUCGUAUCUAUGAAUGGAAUGAUGGAUUGUUUGAUGUAACGUGGGCAGAGAACAAUGAAAAUGUUGUUAUAGCUGGAGCGGGAGAUGGAUCUGUACUACUGUUUGAUACUAAAAAUCCAAAGGGACCGCUGAGAUCCUAUAGAGAACACAAAAAGGAGGUGAAUUCUGUGGACUGGAGUCAGACUAGAGAUGACAACUUGAUAGUUAGUGGAUCCUGGGAUACACUUAUUAAACUUUGGAGUAUAGACAGUCCACAGUCACUAUGUACAUAUACUGGACAUGAGGGCAUAGUAUAUACUGUAGUCUGGUCACCUCAUAUAUCUGGAUGCUUUGCGUCUGCUUCAGGAGAUGGCACCUUGAGAAUCUGGGACAAGAGGACAUCUUAUCCACAGACUGUGAUACCAGCACAUGCUACAGAGGUGUUAACUUGUGAUUGGAACAAAUAUGAACAGAAUGUGAUAUAUACUGGUUCGGUAGAUUGUUCAAUAAAAGGUUGGGAUGUGAGGAAUCCUAGACACUGUCUCUGUGAGAUGUCUGGACACAGGUUUGCUGUUAGAAGAAUCAAAACAUCGCCAUUUAAUGCCAAAACAUUAGCUUCAUGCUCAUAUGAUUUCACAGUCAGGACAUGGGAUGUAAGGCAGCCUCAUGCAAUGGAAAUCAUAGAACAUCAUUCGGAAUUUGCAUAUGGAUUAGACUUUAAUUUGCAUAUACCAGGACAAAUAGUGGACUGUGGCUGGGAUGAACUUAUACAUGUACAUAAACCACGCUCAUUGUGAUGCCUGUUUUAAUGUUUUUGGAUACGUUUCUGAAUAUGUGUCUAUCUUAUUAGUUUAGAAUUUAUAUAUUUAAUCAUGGACAAAAUUUGAACACUACCGAAGGAGCAUGAGUAUUCAACAACCUUUAACUGUAAUUUACAUGUUAUUACUGAGACAGUUUUGUACAAACAAAAUAAUUGAUAGAAUAUUAAGAACAAUACUGGCAAGUAAAAUUUACAUGUUUCA